AUGAGUAGGGCAAAGGAGAUCCAAGAAAAGCUGGAGUUACAGGCGAAGCUUCAAUUUUCUUUCAACAAUACGAAGUCUAAAGUGUUGAGUUGGCUGGAGGACUCAGCGGAAAAUGGAAGCAGUGGGAGUAAAAUAGACGGCAAACAUGAUGAACUAGAGGAUAGUAAACAGGCGUUUUUCAAUUUACCCGUGAUGCAUAUAGGUGGCGGACUGGAUCUGAGCACCCAUGACAAUGGGGUAGCCUCGAAUGAUGGUGAUAUCCACACGAUAGGAGAAUUUAUUGAAAGUGACAAGAAGGUAAAUACUCUGUCGAAAAAGAAGAAGAGAAAGCUUGAUUCGGCGCAGAGAAAUUCACUUUAUAGAGUGGCCAAAGAUGAUUCUAAGUCCAUGGUUGCGUUAAAACAUAAGAUUAGAAAAGAUCUGAGAACCAAUGUAAGGUUCAAAAUCGAAAAUGAAAAGCUUGGGGUAAAAAAGACGGCUCAGUCUGCCAAUAUCCCUGAUAAUAAUAGUGACAGUGAGGAUGAUUCUCGAACAGAAAAAUCAGUGAAAAAAUCUUUUGGACUACUAUUCAAUGGCAAAAAAAAGAGAUGA